AUGGCUGAAGUCGAACCUCCAGUUGUUCCCCAGUCGGACGCCACAGUAGAGAAACAAUCAAGCGACGAGGCGAAGACGGUAGCAUCAGAAAUGGAUACAGAGACAGAUAAGGAGUCUUCGUCAAAGAAAUCUGUCAAUGGACUGAAAAAGGAGAAUGUGCCUCCCAAACGAGCACUGAUUGCUGCGAAGCGCCCAUCCGCAACCUCAACAUCCGGCACCAAACCAAUGUCAUCGUCUGCGACUCAAACCUCGACCAGUGGAUUGACCAAGCCUCCCGUUCGUGCGGUUCCAGGAUCAACAGUGAGAAAGCCUACAACUGCGACGGCUUCUACAUCUUCAAGCACCGGACAUAAAUCGCAAGCUUCUGUUGGCGGGUCUGGCGAUGACAAAAAGAAACCAUCGUCGAGUACUGCAAGGAGGACUUCGCUCGCAUCCUCGGGCUCUCAUAUUCCGCCCGCGAAGACGGAAACCCUCGCAGAAAAGCGCGGAGCGCCUACAUCUACUACCACAGUUCGCAAGCCAAGCUCUACGAGCACUGUGACAAGCCCAAAAGCCGCCAGCAAAACUUCAACCUCUGCGAGCGGGACCUCUUCGAGGCUUACUGCGAGUAGCAGUACGGCCUCUCGACCGACCAUUUCAAAGGCAGCUUCCUCUUCUUCGACUUCUGCUGCUGCAGAUGCGAAGAAAAGGCUUUCAGCGGCAUCUACCCCAGGCACUUCCACAAAGCCUCUAGUUCGCGCAGGAAGCAGCACCGCAACACCAGCAUCGACAAAAGAAAUCGACGCACUCAAAACGAGGUUGACGGAAAGUGAAGCUAAAGUGGAGGAACUCACAGCCCAGAUUGUCUCGUCUCAAGAGAAACUCGUAGAAACAGGAAAACAAGUCCAAGAGGAAGCACGUCGGGUGUCUGAAGCUGAGAGCAACAUCAGAACUGAACAUGCCGCAUUGGUUGAAAAGCUGCAUGCUCAGCACAAGACUGACAUUGAGGGCUUGCAAGCUCAAUUAGCCGAGGCAGAGACUACUAAAGCUACUAUUCAGAGCGAAUCCUUGAAGGCUAUCGAAGAUGCGCAACAAGCUGCAACAAGUAGAGGGGCAUCGGAACUUGCAGAGGCGCUUGAAAAAAUCAAGAAUGAGCAUGAAGCAACCUUGGCCGCAUUACAAGAUGAGCUCUCUAGCGCGAAAGAUGCUAGCACCACAUUCUCAAGCAAAGUCAACGAGCUAGAAACGGAGCUUUCAUCAAUGAAAGCACAGUUGCAACAAAGUCAAGCGGAUGUGGAGGCUCUAAAGGCAGAGCAUGAAAGCGCAUUAGAAGCACUGAAGAAGUCAAUGGAAGCCGAGCACAAGAUGGCUCUAGAAGCUUUGAAACUUGCCCACUCUGAAGAAUUAUCAAAGGGAACCAACCAAGCCAUGUCAGAAUACAAAAGUCAAGUUGCACAGUUGACCGAGAAACAUGCUGCAAGCAGCAAAGAACUCCAGAAGCAACUUGACGAAGCUACCGCAUCUCAUACUGCGCUUGCAGCCUCCCACAAAGAAAGUUUUGAAGGCCAUCAGUCGGCAUCUAAAGCAGCAAUCUCUAAACUCGAGGAGGAAAUUGCCAACCUGAAAGCGAAGUCGGACGCAAACCUUGCCGAGUUGACGGAUUCUGCUGCAGAUUACAAUGAUCUGAAGGCCAAAUUUGAUGCUGCCCAACAACAACUGCUCACUGCGCAGAACGAGCAGAAGUCGGCCGCAACGAAGUUUGAGCAAUUAGAAAGUAAAAACUCCGAAGAUGUCAAGGCGCUAGCAAAUGCCCAGGAGGAAUUGAACGAUGCUAAGCAACAAGUCACGGCACUCAAGAAGAUGAUGGAAACAUUUGACGAAGAAUCCCGCAGUAAAGACGAGCUCCAUAACAAAUUAAAGGUUGAAUUAGCUACAACAGCACAAACUUUGGAGGAAAAGACCAGAGAAAUUCUCGCCCUGCAAGAAAAGCACCAAAAAGAGCAAGAAAAACAUCAAACGGCAUUGCUAAACAUUACAAAAGAUUACGAAGCUGAAAUUGAAGCCCGCCAAGGAGACUCGGCUGUCAAGGAAGAAUUAGAAGCUCUUAAGACAAAGCAUGAUGACCUAGCAAAGUCUCAUGUGAAUGCAACAGAAACCCAUGCCGAAAUUUUAGAAAAGGUCAAACAAGAUCAUGCAACUGCUGUAGCUGCGCUUGAUGCCGCAGAGACUGCCCAUAGUCAUGCAUUGGAUGAACUCAAAUCUAAUCAUGCUAAGGGUCUAGAUGACGCCCAUGACAGGGCCAUGACUGCUGGUCAUGCUGCUCAAGCAUUGGAGCGAGAACAACUCCAGGCAGCACAUGCUGAAGCACUUAAAGCUCUAAAGAAGGAUCUGGAUGUCAGUAAAGCGACGGCGUCAUCCACUUCAGAGAAAUUGAAGAUCGCUCAAGCUGCAAUGGACGCAGAAGUGAAAAAAGCAAAUGAAGCGCUUGCAAAGUCUCAGGCGGAGAUUGAUGCACUCGCGGAAGAACUGGCUAUGGAGAAGAUGGCUAAAGCUACCGCCGAGGCAGAACUAGACGCCGUGAAGUCCAAGAAACCAGAUACUUCAGAAGUCGAUGCUCUGAAGAAGGAGGUAGAACUGUUGAAGAACAAAAAGCCAGACACCUCGGAAGCCGACGCACUUCGAACUGAAUUGAAGGCUUUACAAAACAAGAAGCCUGAUACCUCCGAGGCCGACGCGCUUCGAACGGAGCUAGAAGCUUUGAAGAAUAAGACGCCUGACACAUCUGAGGCUGAUGCUCUUCGAGCUGAGCUAGAAAGCUUAAAGAACAAGAAGCCAGAUACUUCGGAGGCUGACGCUCUUCGGGCUGAGUUGGAGACUUUGAAAAAUAAGAAGCCAGACACUUCAGAAGCCGACGCUCUUCGAACUGAGCUAGAGGCCUUGAAAAGUAAGAAACCCGAUACCUCAGAAGCUGAUGCUUUGCGCAAGGAGUUGCAGGCUUUGAAAGAUCAGCAUCAAGCUUCUUUGAUGACAGCUCAACAAGAGUCCGCAAAAGCGACCGAGGAGCACCUAGCCACUAAAUCAGAGCUUGAACAUCUGGAAGCGGAGCUUGAAAAGCAGAAGCUGGUAGCCGAAAACCAAGUCAAGACCUCAAAGGCCGAUUAUCAAGACUUGCAUGACUCCAUGGGCCAGUUGAUUGAAGAAAAGGAAAAGAAGGUAUCAGAUUUAGAGGCAAAGCUAGCAGAGUCCGAAGCAAUCCUCAAAGUCAAAGAAGCUGAGCUUGCUGAAGCAAAGACCAAGAGCGCUUCGCUCCCAUCCCCUAAAACACCUACUGUUGCAAAGGUGCCUCAAGGUCUUGCAGCCAGCAAAUACGCCGAUCCCGAGGAGUUCGUGGUUGUACCAUCGGAGCCCAAAGAGGCGGAAGGUGAGAGAGAUCAUUCAUCUGCCGCAUUGGCAUCGUUAGCGAAAGCUAGAGUAACAGCCCAACAAAUCGAGGAACUCAAUGAGGAUUUGAAAGAUGGAAACAUCAGAUCACUUGAGUCCAUCAAAAACCUCCUCCCAAACCUCGCAGUCUAA